AUUUGGGAGAUUUUAGAAAGAUGUUCAGAAAUUAAUGGUCGAGGAUUAAGGUCCUACUUCCAAAAUCUCUAGUCCAUUUUUAACAAAUUUAUCUAAAGUAUCAAUCAGACCAUAAAAACAUCUCUCAAUUUCCGAAGCUGUCAGGCCCGCCACCGCCAUCUUCAGUCUCUAACCUGACGCCGUAAGUCUCCAUCAUCGGCCGUUAUGUAAAACUUUCUCUUUCCUUUCUCAUUGCCCAGUGUACAGUAAUUAAAACCUUUUUUCAAAUAAAAAAGAAAACAGAUUUUCGGAAAACAUAACAAAAGUUUUUUCGAAGAGAGAGAAAAUAGGCAACUCUUUCGACUUUUGGUGGCUUUCAGCAUGGAGUGAGAAAGAGGAUGAUAAUUAUUUUCAUUUUCUCUUUCCUCCAUUUUUUGAAUCGAAAGACGGAAGUUCGAUCCAACACAAAUAGUAAUUUGAUUUUGAUUUUAAUUUUGAUUUGUGAGUUGCGCAAUAGUUGAGUUAAAUAAUCAGGGUAUUUUUUGUUAAAUAUCAAUUUUUUCCAAAAAUGGAGGUAGAUUCGACUACCUCAAUGGAGAACGAUCAAGAUCCUGUAACGACAUCGUCUUUGUCACCUUCAUCUACACCACCAACAACGUCUUCUUCUCCUCUAUCCUCUCCGAUGGAGAAAGAUGUAUUACAACAACAGCAGAUAGUUGGACCGAGAUGUGCGCCGAGUUAUACAGAUGUGCAUGCGAUAAUAGAGAAGCCAGAUGAUGGGCCUGGGCCGCGGUGUGGACAUACUUUGACGUCAGUUCCGGCAGUUGGAGAAGAAGGAAGCCCAGGGUAUAUUGGGCCUAGGUUGAUACUUUUUGGUGGUGCUACUGCUUUAGAAGGAAAUUCUGCUGCUACUGGAACUCCUUCUUCUGCCGGAAGUGCUGGCAUCAGGUUAGCAGGUGCUACUGCUGAUGUUCAUUGUUAUGACGUGACCUCAAAUAAAUGGUCAAGGAUCACUCCCAUCGGAGAUCCCCCAACACCCAGGGCAGCUCAUGUGGCCACUGCUGUAGGCACUAUGGUGGUUAUACAGGGUGGUAUUGGUCCUGCUGGGUUGUCUGCCGAAGAUCUACAUGUCCUCGACCUGACACAACAAAGGCCACGAUGGCAUAGGGUUGUUGUUCAAGGCCCUGGUCCUGGGCCACGUUAUGGACAUGUUAUGGCUCUUGUGGGACAAAGAUAUCUUAUGUGCAUUGGUGGCAACGAUGGAAAGCGGCCCUUGGCUGAUGUUUGGGCGUUGGAUACUGCAGCAAAACCAUAUGAAUGGAGGAAGCUGGAACCUGAAGGUGAAGGUCCACCUCCGUGCAUGUAUGCAACAGCAAGUGCACGCUCUGAUGGUCUACUUCUACUCUGUGGAGGGAGAGAUACAAACAGUGUGCCAUUAGCUAGUGCAUAUGGACUUGCUAAGCAUAGAGAUGGUCGGUGGGAAUGGGCCAUUGCUCCUGGUGUUUCACCAUCUCCUAGAUACCAGCAUGCAGCGGUUUUUGUUAAUGCACGUCUACAUGUGUCUGGAGGUGCACUUGGUGGUGGGCGUAUGGUGGAAGAUUCAUCCAGUGUUGCAGUAUUGGAUACAGCAGCAGGAGUUUGGUGUGAUACAAAGUCUGUUGUUACUAGUCCAAGAACCGGCCGGUAUAGUGCUGAUGCUGCUGGAGGAGAUGCUUCUGUAGAGCUAACAAGGCGGUGCAGGCAUGCAGCUGCUGCAGUUGGUGACUUGAUUUUCAUUUAUGGCGGUUUAAGGGGUGGUGUGUUGCUUGAUGACUUACUUCGUGCUGAAGAUCUUGCUGCUGCUGAGACCACAAGUGCAGCUUCACAUGCUGCAGCUGUAGCUGCUGCUUCCAAUUCAUCGCCAGGAAGAUUGUCUAGCCGAUAUGGCUUUGCAGAUGAUAGGUUACGUGAGAAUGAUUCUGAAUCAUCUCCUGAUGGUUCCGUCGUGCUGGGGAGCCCUGUCGCUCCUCCUGUAAAUGGUGAUAUUUACACAGAUAUAAGCCAUGAAAAUGCCAUGUUGCAGGGAAGCAGGAGACUUAGCAAAGGAGUUGAGUAUUUGGUUGAAGCCGCAGCAGCAGAGGCAGAGGCUAUUAGUGCUACGUUAGCUGCGGCUAAAGCAAGGCAAGUAAAUGGUGAAGUAGAACUGCCAGAUAGGGGUGACCGUGGCGCUGAGGCAACACCAAGUGGGAAAUCUAUAUCAACCAUGGUCAAGCUUGACUCUUCUGCAUCGAAUAGUACCCCUCCACCAGGAGUCAGACUUCAUCAUCGAGCUGUGGUUGUAGCUGCAGAAACUGGUGGUGCUUUGGGUGGCAUGGUUAGACAGCUAUCUAUUGAUCAGUUUGAGAAUGAAGGUAGGCGUGUUAGUUAUGGAACUCCUGAAAAUGCUACGGCUGCAAGGAAACUACUUAAUCGGCAAAUGUCUAUCAACAGCAUCCCAAAGAAGGUCAUAGCCCAUCUUCUAAAACCUAGAGGUUGGAAGCCUCCUGUUCGUCGGCAGUUUUUUUUGGAUUGCAAUGACAUUGCAGAUCUCUGUGACAGUGCUGAACGAAUUUUUGCAAGUGAACCAAGUGUCCUUCAACUUAGGGCUCCUAUUAAAAUCUUUGGUGAUUUGCAUGGCCAGUUUGGGGAUCUUAUGCGACUGUUUGAUGAAUAUGGUGCUCCUUCAACUGCUGGAGAUAUAUCCUAUAUAGAUUACCUCUUCUUAGGUGACUACGUAGACCGGGGACAACAUAGUUUGGAAACCAUUACACUUCUACUUGCAUUGAAGGUUGAAUAUCCUCAUAAUGUACAUUUGAUUCGAGGAAACCAUGAAGCUGCUGAUAUAAAUGCCCUCUUUGGCUUCAGGAUUGAGUGUAUUGAACGCAUGGGUGAAAGAGACGGUAUCUGGGCAUGGCAUCGGUUCAACAGAUUAUUCAACUGGCUUCCUUUGGCAGCUCUUAUAGAGAAAAAAAUUAUAUGUAUGCAUGGUGGCAUUGGACGUUCGAUAAAUCAUGUGGAACAGAUCGAGAAUAUUCAGCGUCCAAUCACAAUGGAAGCUGGGUCAAUCGUUCUUAUGGAUUUGUUGUGGUCGGAUCCUACAGAAAAUGACAGUGUGGAAGGGUUGCGUCCAAAUGCCAGAGGUCCUGGUUUAGUUACAUUUGGGCCUGAUCGUGUCAUGGAGUUCUGCAACAACAAUGAUCUCCAAUUGAUUGUACGUGCUCACGAAUGUGUCAUGGAUGGUUUUGAACGGUUUGCUCAGGGGCAUUUAAUCACAUUAUUUUCGGCUACGAACUAUUGCGGUACUGCAAACAAUGCUGGAGCUAUCCUGGUAUUAGGAAGGGAUCUAGUGGUGGUUCCAAAACUCAUUCAUCCUCUUCCCCCGGCAAUAUCAUCACCGGAGACAUCUCCAGAACGUCAUAUUGAAGACACUUGGAUGCAGGAGCUCAACGCAAACCGACCGCCGACACCAACUAGAGGUCGCCCUCAAGUUGCAAACGAUCGAGGUUCUCUUGCCUGGAUCUAAAAGAAGUGAAAACAUACUCAUUCAUAUUUCACUUCCUUCACCGGAGGAGGGUUUUGGCAUUUGGUAUAGCAGGAUGCUGUAUAUAGAAUGUCCUGAAUUCAGCAAUGCUCGAGCCAUGAAGAUUUUGAAGAUCCUCUUGUGAUACCAAAACGUUCAGAAUGUGAAGUGUGUGGAUCGCAUUGUGAAAAACGGUUCUCUCCUCAAAGUGGGAUGUGCUAUAAUUGGCAGCAUGAGUAUCCUAGCUAGCGAGUUGGCCCUUGUACAUUUGAUCUAAUAUACUGGUGGAAAGCCCAGAGUCUGGGUUAUAUCUUUAGUCAGGUUGAUAGUUUUGGGUAUUAUGAUUGGUUUCUCUUAUAUUAUUUUACCCGUCUUCCUUUAGGGUGUAUUUGUCACAAAAGUUUGGGGGUGUAUUUGCUGUAGGUGAGGUAUCGUUAUAUCAAAUCCAUGCCGAGAAUGACAGUUUCUUUGUAUUAUAGAAGUAAUGUUUGUGUAAUUUUGUAUUGAGAUGUAUUUGCUCUUUAGUUCUUUUGUUCAGCUCAUUAAUUACAGAAUCUUUCCAUUUGAAAUUC